AUGAGAAAUCAUGCCACCCCCCUGUCAAACUUGAACAAAGCCUACUGGGCAAUUCAGACCCUAAAUUUUGACUUCAAAGCUACUGGUGAAAAAAGACUCCUACAGCUCAAUGAGUUUGAUGAAAUAAGGCAGGAUGCGUAUGAGAAUGCUAAAAUCUUCAAGGACAAAACCAAAAGAUGGCACGAUAGACGCAUAGUAAGAAAAGAAAUAAAAGAAGAAGACCUUGUCCUGCUUUUCAACUCUAGGUUAAAACUUUUUCUAGGGAAGCUAAAGUCAAGAUGGUCUGAGCCCUUUAAGGUUAUGCAAGUCUUCCCGCAUGGAGCUGUAGAGAUUUGGAGUGAAACCUUAGGUGCAUUCAAAGUGAAUGGACAAAGGCUAAAGCCAUAUUUUCAGGGAGAACUCAUAGAGAAGGGAGCCAACUGCGCCUUCGAUGACCUUCUAGGCAGACCGUACCCCGAUUCACAAUUCUACAAAAGCAAAGAACCAAAGGCAAAGGAGGAGAGGAGACGUCAAACUACAUAA